UUGACAGAUUUCUAAUGUCUAUUUUUCCCAAUCAACCGUCACAAAAAUGGCUGCGCUUAGAGUAUUUAGCCGUAAUUUACCAUAUUUUCGUCAACAAUUUUCAGCAUUACUAGGAAACACAUCUCCUUCAGUGAAAUUUAUUUGCGUUGUCGUAGUAAUAGGAUAUGUGUUAUCGUUCUCUGAAGAUGUCGUGAACGUUCUAAGUGUAACUCCAGGAUAUUUGUUGCCCCCUUCGUUUCAAUUGUGGUCUACUUUUACGUUCUGGUUUCUCGAGAUACACUUAUGGGAAGUAGUGAUCGACAUAGUAACUGUGGGAUUGUGUGGGAAGUUAAUAGAGCCGCUAUGGGGCCAAAUGGAAAUGAUGAAGUUCUUCUUUCUGACGAACUUUGGCGUGGCAUUUCUGACGACGUUUUACUACUUGGUGAUAUUUGCGUGCACAGGCCAGACAUCGUAUCUGUUUGACAUACAUGUGCACGGCCUGGCGGGGUACCUGGCCGCGGUGUGUGUGGCAGUGAAGCAGAUAUUACCUGACCAUCUACUUGUAAAGACACCCUUAGGCAAACUUACAAACAGAUCUCUACCACUUCUACUGCUUAUAGCGGCUAUAAUUUUAUGGGCUAUUGGAGCCCUGGAGGGCACCUACCCUUGCAUGUGGGGCAGUGGGACCAUUCUGUCCUGGAUGUACCUGAGAUUCUGGCAGAGACAUAGUAGUGGAACCCGAGGCGAUAUGGCUGAUAACUUCAGCUUCGACAACUUCUUCCCGACAGUCCUGCAGCCGAUAGUGCGGGGCAUCCUGGGCCCGCCGCACCGCUGCCUCGUGCGCGUCGGGCUGUGCGCGCCCAGCCAGCGCCGCGUGCACCUCGCCAUGAGCCCGCGCGGCGUCACUAUAUCCAUGCCCGGCGUCGAGCCGCAGGAUAUGGAGAGGAGGCGACAAAUCGCGCUCAAAGCUCUAAGCGAGCGUCUCUCCAAAACCUCAGAGCAGACGCGACAGAAGAACCUCUCGACGAAAGUGAACAUUGAGGCGGUGCGCAAGGCGCAGGCCUCCAACGUCAUCCCGGCCUUCCCUGCCGAGCCGGCGCCGCAGGAAGCCACGCUGGUGGACCUGGAGCCGCCCACGACGAAACACUCAUGAUCUAUCAGCUAUCUGUAGUUAGGGAUCGGUUGUAAUUAGGUACUGGGUUUAGGUCUGGUGAAUGCCCUAGUGUAUAAAGCGCUGAUUUUCACUAUCAGACUCAACGGGCGAGCCCACACAGGCAAUAUCCUCGCGCCGCUUAUGGCCAAUGUGGUAAAGCAAGACCAGAAAUAUAUGAUCUGCCAUGUUACGGAAUUUCAUCAGAACCAUUUUCUUCAUAUUAUACUGAUCUGUCACCUCAUACAUCAGAAUAAGGGUGCUGUUAUUAUAUCUUGACAUUAGUCAUAUAUUUCCGGUCAGGCUACAUUUACAUAAAGCCUGACCAUAAAUAUAUGACUAUUGUCAGGAGGCGCUGUUAGAGUGAAAGUUCAGUUUAGUAUGAAGAAAAUAGUUGUAAUGAAAUUCCGCAACGUGGUGCAUAGUCGUAUAUUUCUGGGCAAGCUUGGAUAGGAUAGAUAAAGAGUAGGUAACUUGACCGUAACUACAGUAACAAAUCGUUUUAGCAAAAAAAAUAAUCUGAUUUGAUUAGUAGUUUAAUACCCUAUAGCGUUCUUUUUCUGCCGUUGCAAGUUUAAAUUUGGCCAUUUACCGCGUGAGGACAUUGCUCGCUCUGUAUGGAUUUAUUCGCGCUGUAUUCGCCAGAUCUGGACGUACCGUACGCAUAGAAAAGGAAUGACCAGGCAGUCCAGCACUGUACUUUAAAUUAUUUGAAAUUCUAUGAAUAAUUUUAUUGUAGAGUAUGCCUUGAAGAACGCAAUAAGUAAGACUGUACUUGGUUGUUUACGUUUUUGUGUUCUUACAGACAUAUUUUACAAUAAUAUUUAAUAACGGUAAGAUUUUUGAUAAUUUAAAACACUAUAAAGGAAGUAGUGCUAAAGUUAGAAAAUAAAUCGUUAAAUAUUGUUUUAUAAAAUAUAUUUCACUAACUUUAGCACUGUUAGAAUUCUACUUUACCACUUUUUGACAGAUACAUUCUCUCAAUCGCGAUGGCCUGAAACGCCAAGUGCCUUUUAAGUCGAUCACCGAGAUGAAUUAUAAUCGGGUCGUAAAUGAUGAUCGGAACAAUGUUUUAAUUUUAUGGCAGCGUGGUCGCGUAGGCACGUUAGUGUACGGCAAAGACAUAUAUAACUCCGUAUAGACAGAUAGUCUAAGAAAAAAACGCACCUCAGUACUAUACAGAAAAAGGUACGGUGACCUAGAUGGCAUUACACCUUUGGGGUACGCUCAGCUAGAUG